CUUGGCGCCUGCGCCGACGUUCGCGCAGCACGCGGCCGGGAGCGGCCACCCUAUUGCGCAAGAGUGUGCCCUCCCAGUGCCUUCAUCGUGCUCUCUCUGUCUAACUUGUCUGGCCGUUCUUGCGUAGGGGGCGGGACUAAGGCUGUCAAUUGGUCUGUUUUUGUGCCGAUCAAUGAGAUGGGUGCGGUGAUUGGCGACUACCUUGAGAGUAGCGGGUUCAGGUGUAAGCCCUGAGGAGGCAGCGUUUUCUGGGCUUCUGUCUGGUUCUCUCUCUCCAGAAGGUUCUGCCGGUUCCCCCAGCUCUGGGUACCCGGCUCUCCAUCGCGCCGCCAUGAUGGGCCAUCGUCCAGUGCUCGUGCUCAGCCAGAACACAAAGCGUGAAUCCGGAAGAAAAGUUCAAUCUGGAAACAUCAAUGCUGCCAAGACUAUUGCAGAUAUCAUCCGAACAUGUUUGGGACCCAAGUCCAUGAUGAAGAUGCUUUUGGACCCAAUGGGAGGCAUUGUGAUGACCAACGAUGGCAAUGCCAUUCUUCGAGAGAUUCAAGUCCAGCAUCCAGCGGCCAAGUCCAUGAUCGAAAUUAGCCGGACCCAGGAUGAAGAGGUUGGAGAUGGGACCACAUCAGUAAUUAUUCUUGCGGGGGAAAUGCUGUCUGUAGCUGAGCACUUCCUGGAGCAGCAGAUGCACCCAACAGUGGUGAUCAGUGCUUACCGCAAGGCAUUGGAUGAUAUGAUCAGCACCCUAAAGAAAAUAAGUAUCCCAGUCGACAUCAAUGACAGUGAUAUGAUGCUGAACAUCAUCAACAGCUCCAUUACUACCAAAGCCAUCAGUCGGUGGUCAUCUUUGGCUUGCAACAUUGCCCUGGAUGCUGUCAAGAUGGUACAGUUUGAGGAGAAUGGUCGGAAAGAGAUUGACAUAAAAAAAUAUGCAAGAGUGGAAAAGAUACCUGGAGGCAUCAUUGAAGACUCCUGUGUCUUGCGUGGAGUCAUGAUUAACAAGGAUGUGACCCAUCCACGCAUGCGGCGCUAUAUCAAGAACCCUCGCAUUGUGCUGCUGGAUUCUUCUCUGGAAUAUAAGAAAGGAGAAAGCCAGACUGACAUUGAGAUUACACGAGAGGAGGACUUCACCCGAAUUCUCCAAAUGGAAGAAGAGUACAUCCAGCAGCUCUGUGAGGACAUUAUCCAACUGAAGCCCGAUGUGGUCAUCACUGAAAAGGGCAUCUCAGAUUUAGCUCAGCACUACCUCAUGCGGGCCAAUAUCACAGCCAUCCGCAGAGUCCGGAAGACAGACAAUAAUCGCAUCGCUAGAGCCUGUGGGGCCCGGAUAGUCAGCCGACCAGAGGAACUGAGAGAAGAUGAUGUUGGAACAGGAGCAGGCCUGUUAGAAAUCAAGAAAAUUGGAGAUGAAUACUUUACUUUCAUCACUGACUGCAAAGAUCCCAAGGCCUGCACCAUUCUCCUCCGGGGGGCUAGCAAAGAGAUUCUCUCGGAAGUAGAACGCAACCUCCAGGAUGCCAUGCAAGUGUGUCGCAAUGUUCUCCUGGACCCUCAGCUGGUGCCAGGGGGUGGGGCCUCCGAGAUGGCUGUGGCCCAUGCCUUGACAGAAAAAUCCAAGGCCAUGACUGGUGUGGAACAAUGGCCAUACAGGGCUGUUGCCCAGGCCCUAGAGGUCAUCCCUCGUACCCUGAUCCAGAACUGUGGGGCCAGCACCAUCCGUCUACUUACCUCCCUUCGGGCCAAGCACACCCAGGAGAACUGUGAGACCUGGGGUGUAAAUGGUGAGACGGGUACUUUGGUGGACAUGAAGGAACUGGGCAUAUGGGAGCCAUUAGCUGUGAAGCUGCAGACUUAUAAGACAGCAGUGGAGACGGCAGUUCUGCUACUGCGAAUUGAUGACAUUGUCUCAGGCCACAAAAAGAAAGGUGAUGACCAGAGCCGGCAAGGCGGGGCUCCUGAUGCUGGCCAGGAGUGAGUGCUAGGCAAAGCUGCUUCAAUGCACAGAACCAACAGAGUCUCCCCUUUUCCUGAGCCAGAGUGCCAGGAACACUGUGGACGUCUUUGUUCAGAAGGGAUCAAGUUGGGGGGCAGCCCCCAGUCCCUUUCUGUCCCAGCUCAGUUUUCCAAAAGACACUGACAUGUAACUCUUCUCUAUUGUAAGGUUGCCAUUUAGUUUGCUUCCGAUGAUUAAAUCUAAGUCAUUUGAGAAA